GAAACACUAACUAGCCUAACCAGUGCUAGAGAUAUGAUAUCUUGUCGGCGAGUUAUGUUGGGCACAACUAGUACCCUCCUGAUCCACUACUCGGCUGCUCUCGAGCCGCUCCGUACGGUAAGUUAGGUAGCUGGACCUAGAACCACAAGGGUGGCGACACCAUGUGCCUGACCCUCGAGCCUCACACCGGGAAGAGAUUGAACAUGCCGACAAGCUCUCGUGUUGGCGAACCACUUUUGAAUAUCGGAAAGUUCGUACUCCAUCUGGUGAGGUAUUAAAGAUAUUGGAAUGGUCUUAGAAUAGCGAUCCCUUGUCUUCCAUCGGUCCCUGCCCCUUGCAUCUUUUGCGAGGUUCACACGGGCCGCUAGGAAUCAGGAACAUCAAGCAGAACGAAGGUUUCCAAUAGGAGAAAAAAGAAGGAUCGGCAAUACUGGCAGUCUUGGAUUGAUUGUGAGCAUUGAACUCAAAUACCUUAUAGCAACAUCAUAGGUGAAGGGUCUGGGCGUAUUUGAAUUUUGUGCUUAUUUGAAAUAGUUCCUUGGCAGCUCUUUGUCUUUACGUACAGUAUGUAUAAGAAACCUACGAGAAGUACGUACUGUACCAUAGUCGACGCAGGUGGGUCUGGGCGGGCGGGGUUAAAGCCACAUCCAUGUACUUCAGAAAGUCAAGCCACGGAUUUGCAACGCAACACCUAAGCUGUUGAUACAACCACAUCACCACUAAUAUCAAUGCCCACCUGCCGAAAGAUAUCAGCUGGAUUUAUACACUUGACGCUCACCUGCACCUAGGAACAUCUAUCGCGCGAUUUUGCGCCCUAGCACUGGAGGCGGAACGCGCCGCAAAAUGUCGAACAUUACACCCACGUUCGACGGGCUGCUCAAACAGCGGGAAGCGUCUACCACAAAGAAGGCCUUCAGCUUGGAACAGCUUGACGAGUUUCUGAAGGAAGCAUAUCGAAUUAACUCACACAUCAGUCUUCUGCACACUCAACUUAAAAAUGUCCGCCAAGCCUACCUCUCGACAGCGCCCUCUCGCAAAUCGCAGCUGCACAGCAAGUUGAAGCCGCAUCACAAGGCAUUGACCGAUCGGGAGCGCGAAGAGGUCGACGCCAACGCCAAAAAGAUGCUGCGCGAACUCAACGCAUCCAUCCGCACGCUCGCCGACGCUGAACAGCUCCGGCACGAGACGGAACUCGCACUGAUUCGCAAAAAGCACUCGAGCGGCCUCGGCAUGCUCGGAUCGUGGGCAUCGGGUGGUAAGAGCGGCACGGGUGGCAUGCUGGGCGGCAAGAAAAGCAAGGAGCACGAGCAGGCCGAGGCGAAGGAGGCGCAGAUGGCCGGUCAUCGGGAUGGCGUGCUGCACUUUCUCCGACAGAGGCUUCAGCAGUGCGUAGAGACACAACAGUCGAUGAUGGAGGUGCGCUUGACGCGCGAGGUCGAGAAGAGCCGGAGCGUCCUUGCAAAGGCCAGGCCUGGCUCUAUGCAUGUCGGGGCCAUUGGCGCCCAGCCGAGCUUUGGGGCAAGUUUAGGCGAUCGCGACCUGGAUGGCCCUACCCUUCCAGGAACAUCGUUUAUACCAUUGCAGGACGAGGAGAAGAAGCGAGGACCGCCACCACCGGACCUCACCGAGGAAGAGGUGCAGAUGUUUGAAAAGGGCAGCCAGGAUAUGAUGAAGUAUUAUGAGAGUACUCUCGAGAAAGUCAUGUCGGCGGAGAAAUCCCUCUUGGAAAUAUCUGAACUACAAACUAUGCUUGUCAACAAUCUGGCUACACAGUCCGCAGGAAUUGAGCAGCUCGUUCAAGAUUCCUUGAAUACUGAAGAAAACGUGGGCGGUGGAAAUAAGCAGCUGAAGGAAGCCACCCAAAGGGCAAGCACAGCAAAGUAUACAUUUUUUGCAGCAAGUGGUCUUUGCGCUUUUCUAGUAAUCUGGGACCUUUUGAUAUAAUUAUAGAUCGAUAAAAAUGUUAUCUUCCCCAAAAAAAUGAAACCAAAGAAAGAAAAGAAAAGAGCUCCUUUUUUUAUGCACA